AUGUCACUGCAAUUCCUGGGUCAGAAGAGCUGGCAUCCAGCGAAUAAAGCAAAUCAGAAGCGCAUUUGGGUAGCAGAACAGAAUGCACGGGAACGAGAAAAGAAUGAAAUGGAAAAAGCCAAGGAAGUGCGUAAAGCUGCAGACGCUCUACAGGCACAACAAUCCGCUGCUGCAGCUGGAGACGUCAACGCAGCUCGUCGAAUGGCAAGUGAGCAAGUGAAUUUUCUCUAUGCGGCUCCUCCGGGACUUCCAGAGGCCAAAGAAAUGAUGCAACAGACGAAGCAGAUGACGAUCGAGGAGGACGAAGCGGUAAGAGAGUUUCGACGCAAAGUGGAGAGCCGUGGGGGGACUCAACGGAAGCUUGAGCGAUAUGUUGGACGUCGAGCAGAGGAGACACUGACUAUUAAAGAUCAGGUUGAACGGUUUCCUAUGCUGAAGGAUGCACCAGUGGAAGGGAAAUAUACGGAGACUAUUCGAGUCAAUUUUAACCCAGUGGGGCUGAGAUUGCGUAAUGUUCGCUGUGUUCGAUGCGAAGACUGGGGACAUCAGAGUGGAGACAGAGAGUGUAAAUUACGGGAUCAGAAUCCUAAUGAUGCUACGAGACUAAGACGGGAAGAUCCGGUGACGGAGAUCAACAAGCUCAAGUCGGAGCUGGUGCUACGGAGAGGAGCUUUGCCGCUGGAAAUGCAAAAAGGUGUUGUUGGGGAAGAGUUUGAGAUUUUACAGUCAGACGACGAUGAAGAUGCAUUUCUAGCACAAUUAUCGACGAAGCGGAGAAAAAGAUUGGUGAAGAAGCUGAAGCAAAAGUCGACCAAGCGCAAACAUAAACACAAGCGCAAACACAAACGUCGCUCGAGAAAUCAAUCUAGUGAUGAAAGCGAGAGCAAACAGACCGCUUCUCGACAUUGUGACGUGUCGUUAUCGCCAAGAAAGAGGCGGAACCUCUUGGAUUUUGACAUUUACGCUCGCCAAAACGGUUAG